AUGCUCUAUGUAUUUCGAGUAGAUAUUGGCGAAACUUAUACAUUUGAAACUGAUUUAGCAUUUCAAGAUGUAAAAACAUUGAAAUCAACUAUUGAACGUGAACAUGCAAUAGCACCAUCAAAACAAAUUUUAAUUAUAAGUGGCGGGGAAUUAUUAGAUGAUGAUGCUGUACAAGUUUGUAUGAAAACACGUGAAACAUGUGCUGGAACAGAAGAAAAUCCAAUAUAUCUUUUGGAUAAAUCACAUUUAGAACGACCACGUCCAUUGCAAUUACCAUUAACAUCUAAUAGUAUAUCAAUAUUGGAUAAUGUAACUGUUGAAAAAUGGUUAGCUAUGCCAUCUACAUAUGAAACAAUUGUUCAACGGGCUGAUACUGCACAAACUUAUAACAGAUAUGCACAAAAAAUAGUUGAAAAUUGUGAACGAUUUAUUCGUGAUCAACAAGCGCAAUAUCAAGGAUGGAUGGCAGUUAUUGCUAAUAUUGAAGAUACACUUUCGAGUUUUUUACUUAAUCGAAAUUCAUUUGAUCGUUCAUAUCAAAAUUAUUUAUCUGAAAGAUCAUCAUAUUUAGAACUAUUUCAAAAUUUACCACAUUCAAUUGAAAUUCUACAUCAAUUAAAACUUCCAAAUAAAUUAAUAUCUUUAAUAGAAAAUUCAAAUUUAAUCUAUCAUAAAUCAACUGUAUCAUCAUCAACAUCAUCCUCGUCAAUUAGUUUAGCAGCAACAACAAGUACAAAUUUAUUAACACAAAAUGAGAAUGAUAUUCAAAUUACAGGAGAUAUGUCUUUAUUUGAAUGGAUUACUGCUCAGUUAGCUAAUAUGAAUGUCGAUGAUAUUAUCAGUGGAUGUACAAAUAUUAUUGAUGAAUGUACAGAUGAACUUUUAUCUAAAAUGAAUAAUGAAAUUGAUGAUUUAUCCAAGAAAAUCUCCAAUCAUGAAUUAAAACAUAUGAUUGGUAUAGAAGAACGAUUUGCACUCUUACAAAAUGAAUUAACAGGUGCAAAACAGUUUCAACAUGAACAAAAAGAUUGUGCUGAGUAUCUUGUUAGUCAACGACAAAGAUUUAGUUCAAAUGUUGGUAAUCAAAGAGAUUUUGCUUUAAUAAAAGAUAUAUCUGGAAUUCAUUCACAAAAUUUAAGUGAAAUUGCAAAACGACAUAAUAAAUUAAUUGAAAUAGAAAAAAGAGUUCGAAAAUCUAAACAAGAUAUUAUCGAUCAAUUACAUCGAAGAUUUAAAAAUAUGAUGCUUCUUCAACGACAUUUAGUUGAUUAUGAUGCAAAACAAUCAUUAUAUAUUCAUAAAUUAAAUCGAACAAAAAAAACGAUGUCAUUUUUAUAUCAACUUAAUCAAGCACCAAAUCUUUAUUAUUCAUUUUUAAAUGAAUGUGUUAGACGAAAACAAUAUUCCAAUAUUUUUAAUCAAUUUUCCGAAACAAUUCAUCAUAAAUCAAAAAAUGUUCAUAAUGAUGAAGUAUCCAAACGAGAACAGUUUAUUAAGCAGUAUGAACCACAUUUUCUUUUUAAUUUAUUACCAACUCUUAAAGUCUUACCAUCAUUUUUUAUUAAAGAACCAUUAUUAUUAUUGGAUACAAACUUACCUGAUAUAACUUUAGCUGAAGUUGAUCAGAUAUUUGAUAGAUUUCCUGAAGUUAAACAACAGACAAGUGAAACAACAAUGAUUGAUCCUUCAAUAAAUCUUGCUUCACUGAUUCGUUGUACUCAAACAUUUCAUGAAGAAAAACAUCCAUUGAUAACGACACCACUUUCAGUAUUUAUUCCAUUAACAACAACAAUCGUUCAUGAAGAUACACCAAAACAAUUACCAUCACCAACAAAUAGUAGUAGUCGAUCAACAGUUGUUCGUUCUCAAUCAUCAUCUGAUGUUGAAUCACCUGGUGAACAAGUUAUGACACAAACAUUAUCAGAACAAACUGUACAAAAUAAUUUCCUUCCACAAACAGAUGAAGAACAAUCAAAUAUUGAAAAUGAACAAAAUAAUGAUGAAAUAUCUUCAGAAAAAGAAAAUAGUUCAAUGACAAAAUCUUCCUCAGAUAUUCAAGAAACAUCCCCAUCAACAAUAAGUGUAACAACAAAUACAACAAGUAAUAAUGAAGAAGAAGAUGAUUAUAUUCAAUGUAGUCUUGAAGCAGUUUAUACAUCAACUGAAAUGGCUGUUUCACCUCCACAACGUCCUUGUGUAUCUCAACAAACAGAUAAUGAAUAUACACAAUCUAUUAUCAAUGAAUUUCAUUUAUUAAAAAAUCAAUGUGAACAAACUAAAACUAUUCAGCAUGAUUUAAUAUUAAAUUAUCAUGAAACAAUUUCAAAAGUUAUAACAAGUCUUCAACAAUCAAAUCAUGAACAUCAAAAACAAAUUGAAUUAUUACAAUCAGAAAUUAAUAAUCAUAUUCAAGAUAAUGAAACAUUGAAAAUGCAAUAUGAAAUAAGUGAACAAUUAAAACAAGAAUUAACAAUAAAAUAUUCAACAUUAGAAACAAAUUUUGAUGAAUUUCGUCGUACAUCUGAUAUUGAAACAUCACAAAUAGUUAAAGCAUUACAAUCAGAUUUUGAAUUUGAAUUAGAAAAAGUUCGUAGUGAACAUCAAGAUACGCUUAAUCAAAUGAAAUCUGAACAAGAAAAAAAACAAAUUCUAACAACAACAAUUGAAAUACAAACAGAUGAAUAUCAAACAUUAGAUAAACAAACAAGUGUGAUGAAUUUAUUAAAUAAUCAAGAUCAAUCAACAGAAACAAUACAAAUAUUAUUUAAUGAACAAUUUACUCAAACAUCUGAUGAUGAUCAUAAUGAUGAAACAAGUAUGCGUCGUUUAACAACAAAAGAUCAACAAAAACAAUUUAAUUUAGCUAUACAACGUGCGGUACAAAAUGCAACAAGUGGACCAAAGAAACAAAUUGUACAAUUAGAACAACAAUUAGCUGAUAAACGUAUUAAAAUUCUUAAAUUAAAAGAAUGUAUUAAAAAAUUACAAAAUUUUUAUACAUUAUCAUCAACACCACCACCUUUACUUCCAUCUGUUACUAGUUCAAUGAUUACAUCAUCAACAACUGAUGAUGAACAACAAUUAAAUAAAGAUGAUGAAGAUAAUACACCCGAUGAAACAAUAUCAACAACACCAACAACACCAACAACAACGACAACAACAACAACUAGACAAGCAUUUCUUAAACGUAGUGAACCUAUUUCAAUGCCAAGUACCUUCAUUGUUCAGAGUAUGUUAGCUGCUGGAAAUGCGGCAUCAUCACCUAAAACUGAACAACCAAUAUCAGCAACAGUAAAUAGUCUUUUAAUGGAAACAUGUUUUAAAUCAUCACCAGGUGAUUCAAGUGCUGCUGUUGAAUUAUAUACACCAUUUGCUGCAUCACCACCAAAUAAUUUAAUGCAUCCAUUAUCACCCCAAGCAUCUCUUCCUAUUUCUUCAAUUAGUAAUUCAUCACAAUCAAUAUCAAAUAUAUCACGUCUAUCAACAAAUUCAUCACCACAAGCAACACCUAUUGCUUUUUUUACUGUUAAUCGAUCUGAUCAUGUUAUUAUUUAUUUUGAUCAAACAUAUCAACAUUAUAUGAUUUAUACUCAUUUACCAACACUUCAUUUUAUACAUUCUGAUUGUUAUGAAUCAUUUAAUAUUCAACAAAGACAAAAUUUAAUUCAACAACAACAAAUCAAUACGACAACAACAACAACAACAACAGCUGCAUCAUCAAGUGGUAUGGAUUCAACUUCUGGUGAUAAUGGAAAUAGUUCAACAAAUAUUCCAACACUUAUAAAUACAUCUAUGAUGAAUUCAACAAUGUUUGGAAUAAAUGGAUUAAAUCUAUCAACAACACCAUUACUUGGUCAAGUUACUGAUAAAGAAUAUUGUCAAGCUAAAAAACCAAAUAAUCGUUUUAAUGUACCAUUAAGUACAAAAUUCUAUCGAGUUCGUGUUAAACCAUGGAAACCAACUAUGUCAUCAAGCUAA